AUGAGUGUCUAUCUACCAUCCCUGGAUAGUUAUAGUAUCAUUGAACCAGAACUGUUUAUAGAAGACAAGAGAUCACCGAGCCCUGGUCGCAAAGCAUCUAGAGACUUCGUAACAGAUCCUGAUCUUGAACAACCGUCCGAUGAAAAUGAAGAGUCAGACGCAAGUGAUGUGGAAACAGACACAACGCUUCCACAAAUAACCACCGGAAGUAGUUUUCGACCAGAACCACUCCAACGUCGCCCGACGCAUGCGGAAGUGUUUACACUGCCCCCUAUUGAGGAAAAUGGAGGUGUGGAAACUUCAGGAACUGUUUCAACAACGCCCACACCGUCUCCAUUAAACGAACCAUCUUUGAAUAAAUCUCUUAAUUCAAACCAGACCCAUCGUGUACGUUUUCUUCGACAUUCUAAAUCCAUCGAUUUUACGUCACUACUACCGGAAACUAACCAACUGGAACCGGAAGUGGACAUGACAGCUCGAGAGAGAAGACGGAUGAGGCGAUCACACAGCCUGUUUCAUGUUCUCAAACCAAUCAAUAAACAAUAUAUUCCCAACCCACAAAAGGCUAGAGAGAGGUUCUAUAAAGUUGUCAGAAAACUAAUGAUAGUAAAAGUUGUAGAAAGAUGUAUCGCUCAAAAAUCUGAUGCUGGUGAUAAACCAUCCACGUUGAAUCAGUUGACACAAGUUGAUGACACUCUAGAGGAAAACCUCAGGAAUCAAGGACUGUCGUUUGAUCCUUCUUAUUUUAAAGCUAAACGAGAGAUCAAUAUCAGCAGUGAGGUGAAACAUAUACUAAGUUUAGAGAAAGAACAGCGAACACCAGAACAAAUUCAAACAGCUAUGUUUGGUUUACAAAGUUUACGGUCUUUCGCUGAAUACCCUCUACACAUGCAGGAAAAACUAUGCAAGGUCGCCAUUUAUGAAGUGGUGCCACCAAAACGUGUUCUAAUUAGACAAGGUCACCAUGCCGAGAAUUUUUACUUUAUUUUAUCAGGACAAGCGGUAGUAACGAUCUUGGUAAAAGAUCCUAAAACUGGGGAAUCAGUCAACAGAGUGGCUACCAUCAUGAGGAAGGGGAUGAGUUUUGGGGAACUUGCCUUACUACAUCAUUCUCGACGUACAGCCACUGUGUCCAGUCAGGAUACUGUACAGAUGUUAACUAUUGGUCGAGAAGAUUUCUUUGAUAUUUUCAUGGCUGGGAGUGGCCCGGGGCAAAUACCAGAUCAUAUCAAAUUUGUAAGUCAGCUAGAUUUCAUGAAAAACUGGCCAAUAGACAGACUGGUAGAAAACUCACAACAUUGUCUGUUACAUUUCUUCAAAAGAAAUGUAGUAAUAGUAAAAGAUAGUAGAGUUAAUGAUUGGCUAUAUGUUGUUAAAUCAGGAUCAUGUCAAGUAAUGAAGAUGUUAAAAGGGGUAACAGCUAGAACCAGUUUAAGUAAAAAAGAUGUCAAGAUGGAUGAUAGUUGGGAACUUCCUAAUCUACCAACUGCUGAACAAGAAGCUAAAGUUGACACUGGAAGGAAGAAGAAAAGAAAAGAAGACUUAACUGAAGAACAGUUAUUUAGAAGGUCAAUGUGUAAAUCAGCUAAGGAAGAACGAGAUCGAAAAAAAGGGGAGAGAAUGAGUGCUAAAUAUAGAUCACCUAGAAUAAUGAAAUCGGCUCAUCCUAACCUAGCACCAACUAAACCAGGCAAUGUUUUUGUUCAAGUUGAACAUCUCAAACCACGUGAUGUCUUCGGUCUUCCAUCUAUUCAGUUUGAUGACGAUAUCGCUAAAUCUGAAACCUCCGUUAGUUUGGUAAGCAGAGGCGCCGAAUGCAUCAUGGUUUCUAAAGAAUUCUACGUCAAACACGCAAACGAACAGGUGAAGAAACUGAUCCGUCAACAAGUCCGACCAUAUCCGGCGGAAGAAACGUUUCAAGAAAACCUGCAAAUCAAAACGGAUUGGGAAUACUAUAAGCAGGCAAUGGUUGGGGAAAUAACAGAAGAAUUGCGAUCUGAAAGUCGCUCAAGUUGUUGAUAGGGCUGUGCAGAAACGGACAUACGAACGUAUCUUUACGUUUUGAUAAGUGCUUUACUUUUAGAAAAAAUCUGCAGUACCUCUAAAUGACAGAAGGGUGGAUAUGAACGAAUGUUUUGGUUCAUUUUGAUAUAGUGCUUUAUUUUUGGAAAUGCAAAAAUGGUGGGAUCUAUUUACUUCUGUCCAAAUAAGUCUAUUUACGUAUUUUUUGUUCUGUAUAAACUGAUAAUGUCGCAUCUUAAAGACUCAUUAAUGCUGGAAUUUGUUAAUCUUUCCAGCGUGCAUCUCGAUGAAAUCUCAGUCGCUCCAUUUCAUUUCGUACAGAUAAAUUUAUGUGCAGGAUUCUCUUUUAAAUAAAAAUAGGCACGACUGUGGAACAUCAUGUGGUUUUCAAUUCACCGUCAUGAUCUGUAUUUUAUUGUGUAAAAGCUUGGGUUCUUAUGCCAUUUCUUAAGUUACAGUACAGAUUGAAAAAUAGAACACUUCCUGGCUUUUGAUAACCAACUGAAAUUCUCAGUCCAUAUAAACACAGGCCAGUAUCUUCAUUCAGUCGUUAUUUUGUAUUGAUGAGUUUUAUUAUAUAUAAUUGAUGAUUCAAUAAAAAACAUGAUCAUAA